UAGUGCGCAUGCGCAGUGACCACCCGGACCCGCUGAGUAGCUGUAGCAGCACAUCAACACAAUACUGAGAUUUAUUUUAAUUUAAAUCUAAUGGUUUAUUUUGAUGACUUUCGAAUGGAACCCGGAGUAAAAAAGUCUGUCUUGGGGAUAAACGACUCGACUUGUAGCCGUUCUCUCACGGCACCUUCGGAAGACGAGUUUCCGACCCUGAAGCCUCGUCGCAUUCAGAACCAGAACGUGGCGCACAGGUUGGAGCUGCGGCGCAUCAGCUCCGGCCGACCGGGUGCUCACUGGUACCGCGUCCGCUGUUUCCACCAGAACCUGUUCCCCAACUUCACCGCCGUGAACGUAGAGAAGCCGCCGUGUUUCCUGCGCAAAUUCUCUCCAGACGGCCGCUGCUUUGUUGCGUUCUCCUCGGACCAGACCUCGCUGGAGAUCUACGAGUUCCGGGGCUGCCAGGCGGCCGAGGACCUGCUGCAGGACCAGGACGAGGGCCGAGACGGCGAGAUUCUGAGCGAGAGCGUGCGAGCCCAUUUGUUCUCACGCUUUUUCUCGCUCCUUCACGUAACCAGCGUGGCGUCGAAUGGCGAGCAUCUGAACCGCGAGUGCAGUUUGUUCACCGACGACGGCCGUUACGUGAUUGUGGGCUCGGCGGCGUAUCUGCCCGAUGAGCCACAGCCGCACUUUUUCGAGGUUUAUCGCAACAACGAGGCCGUGACCCCAAACCCACGCUCGCCGCUCGAGGACUACUCGCUUCACAUCGUCGAUCUGCACACUGGACGCCUCUGUGACACACGCGCCUUUAAAUGUGAUAAAAUCAUCCUGUCGCAUAAUCAGGGACUUUAUCUGUACAGGAACAUCCUCGCAGUUCUGUCUGUGCAGCAGCAGACCAUCCAUGUCUUUCAGGUGACCGCUGAGGGCACGUUUCUGGACGUGCGUACGAUCGGCCGGUUCUGUUACGAGGACGACUUGUUGACGCUGUCGGCCGUGUACUCUGAGGCCCAGGUGGAGAGAGCGGCUGGGUUCUCACGCCUCUAUAAGGAGAAGAGCAUCGGGUCUUUGAAGCACCGCCUGCUGGUGUUCCUGUGGAGACGAGCCGAGCGUGACGGCAGCGCCACCGCAAAACGCCGCUUCUUCCAGUUCUUCGACCAGCUGCGGCAGCUGCGCAUGUGGAAAAUGCAGCUUCUGGAUGAGAAUCACCUGCUGAUCAAAUACACUAGUGAGGACGUGGUGACUCUGCGUGUUACUGACCCCUCACAGCCGUCGUUCUUCGUGGUCUAUAACAUGGUGAGCACAGAGGUGAUAGCAGUGUUUGAGAACACAUCAGAUCAGCUGCUGGAGCUGUUUGAGAACUUCUGUGAUCUGUUCCGUAACGCUACGCUGCACAGUGAGGCAGUUCAGUUCCCCUGCUCCGCCUCCAGCAACAACUACGCCAGACAGGUCCAGCGCAGGUUUAAGGACACUAUAGUGAAUGCGAAGUACGGCGGUCACACAGAGGCGGUGCGGCGUUUACUCGGUCAGCUGCCCAUCAGCGCUCAGUCGUACAGCAGCAGCCCGUACCUCGACCUCUCACUCUUCAGCUACGACGACAAGUGGGUCUCAGUAAUGGAGCGGCCAAAGACCUGUGGAGAUCACCCCAUACGGUUCUAUGCUCGAGACUCUGGUCUGCUGAAGUUUAAGAUCCAGGCCGGUCUUCUGGGUCGUCCUAUAAAUCACGCUGUGCGUCGUCUCGUGGCCUUCACCUUCCACCCGUUCGAACCGUUUGCCAUCUCAGUGCAGCGCACCAACGCUGAGUAUGUGGUCAACUUCCACAUGCGCCACAGCUGCUCCUGAAAGAAACACAUCGUGUGUGUGUGUGUGUGUGUGUGUGUGUGUGUGUGUGUGUGUGUGUGUGUGUGUGUGUGUGUGUGUGUGUGAGUUCCCUAUUUUUUAUAUGAAAACCCUAUUUAUUGUACAUACAAUAUGACUUUAUUUUAUUUCACAGAAAUCUUUUUUACUGUAAAUAAAAGUUACUUUGGUUAAA